AUGGUUCGCCCAAAGCCUGUCGCCCAAGAUCUCCUAGCCGAUCUUCCAACCGACGUCGAUGCUGUUUCGACACAACCUAUGCCCCCAUCGAAGCCAAGAAGAACCAAAAAGGCCCAGCCUAAGACCAAGGCUACUGAGGUUGAGGCUAAGGAUGCUCUACCCAUCUCCAAGCUGGCUGAAAGUAGCAAAUCUCAACCUUCCGCUGGGAAGAGGCGUGCAGAAUCCCAGCCAUCAGAAUCUACUCAACCCAAGAAGCCGAGGUCGUCGCAGACGACGACCUCGGGGUCCAAAAAAUCUGAUGUUCCUUGGGCUCCCCAGAUUACUCUGGAAGACAGGCCCAUAAUGACUAGUGAAAGCGCCGAUGACAUUAAUGUCGGUGUUGCCCUUUCUACGGCGCUGCUCCUUCCUGGUGAUUUGGAGCGGAAUGCCGGGUAUAGUGAAUAUGAGAACUAUGCCCUAAUGCUCCAGCACUCUGCCGGGGCUGCCACCAAAGCCCAAACCUUAGCCGAGGAAAAGGUUGAAUCUGCUGAGGCCAUUAAGACAGUUGCUGAAUCCCAAAAGAAAGAGGCCGAGGCGAGAGCGGCCCAAGCCAAAAAGGAACUUCAGGAAGCCUUGGCCACAAAGGAAGCCGAAAUCAAAGAGGUUGAUGAGAAGGCAAAUGCUCAGGGCGUGGCCGACGUCACUGAGGAUUACAAGCUUCAAGUUAGCCAAGCUGAAGAUGAAUCAGAGUCUGAGGCUGAGGAUGAAAACGACAAUGACGAUGAGGCCCUAGUGAGGAAAUCCAAGGAUGCUGCUGAAGCCAAGUCCUUUCCUUCCACUAAGCAGGUCAUCAACUUAACUCAAGAUGAAGAGGAUGGUGAGCUUGAGGAGGUGUCCAAGGAGGCUGUUCCAGGGCAGCUAUCAUCUGACCUUCUUCUGGCUGAAAGAAGUCUUGAUAAAACAAUAGCAGAGAUUGACGCCGAGCUAGCAGCAGAGAAGGUUGCCGAAGUGGUUUCGCAAGAAACUUCCGAGGUCCAGACCCAAACUGCUCCUGGGGCUGAGGAAUCACAACUUUGA